AUGAGCGACGGGACGGAAACACCGCAACAGCGGCAAGCGCGCAUUCGGCAACAAAAGCGUCAAGCCAAAGUCACCAGCAAUGCACAAGACCGGCUGAACAGCAUAGCGUCGAUCAGUGGCAGAAGCGUAGAAAGCUUACAGAACGCUUCUGCCGCCUCGUCGUCGACCUUUUCGCAGUCUCCCGCUUCCGCUCCAAAUAAUGCGAGCUCGAUUCGCGCAUCCUCUCUGUUCUCCUCACAAGCCAACGAUCCCGAGCAGAUGCGUCUACAAGAGGAAUACGUGAAGCUUCUGUUAGGUGGAGAUCAGUCUGGUCAGUCAGGCCAGCCAAAUCAAACAGGUCAGGGACAACAACGACCGGGUAUGCCUGACGAGAACGAUCCAAUGCUCAAGCUGAUGCAAGGCAUACUCGGUGGAAUGAGCGGAGACCCGAAUGCGCCGGCGACAGGGGAUCUGCCAUUCUCCCCGGAUGACCUUGCUAAGAUGACUGGCAUGCCGUCCUUUCUGACCAGCAUGUUCAUGGGAGGGAAAUCCCAGGCACCUCCCACACCAGCACAGAUCAGUAGUGAGCGGACGUGGAGACUUGUUCGAGUCCUGGUCGCGAUCCUUACUGGUCUCUACACGAGCUUCAUUGUCAGCAGUUCCGUUACAACUUUCGGCGACAAUCCGCCUGCGCCUGCAACUGUCCAGAACCCCUUCUUGGUAUUUCUUACUGGUCAGUUGCUGGUUCGUGGUGCUCAGAGCGUACUUACCAGCAAGCCAGCGACACAAGGCGGCUUCAAGAAGUAUUUACAGUACGGGCGAGAAGUCGGCAAUGAUGCUGCAAUAUCGAUCUUCCUUCUAGGUGUGUAUAGUUGGUGGAAUGGCUAUGCUUAG